GUGCGCCUGUGGACUACGAUAAACGAGGCCAACUACUACUGCAUGAACUUCGCCCUCUUACCCGUGCCGGGUUUGUAUGAGCCGCAGGUCGGUGACGACUACAAGUGCGUCCAUCACACGAUCCUCGCGCACAUGGAGGCCUACCGCGUGUACGAGGAGAAGUACCGCAAGCUCCAGGGAGGUGAGGCGGCCGAGCGCGGCAACCUGUUCGCCCUGGGCUCCAUCUACCACCCGGUGGUGCACGGCGACUACCCGGCCGCCCUCAAGGAGCGCGUCGCGCACUACAGCGCGCUGGAGGGCCGGCCGUCCCGCCUGCCGAGCUUCACGGACGAGGAGCGCGCGCGCCUCAAGGGCAGCGCCGACUUCCUCUGCUUCAACGCGUACAUGGGCACCUCGGUGGCGGACGACGCGCCGCUCUGGAUCCGCGACAACUUCAACAACACGCCCUUCUUCAUCACGGAGAACGGCUGGGGUGACGAGCGCACCGACGCGGACCCCCUCGACGACGAGCCCAGGGUCGGCUACCACAGCGUGUACCUGCAGGAGCUGAUCCGCGUCGCCACGGAGGAGAACGUGAACGUAAUGGGCUACCUAGCCUGGAGUAUGAUCGACACCUUCGAGUGGACGGCCAGUUUCUGGCGCAAGUUUGGUCUAGUGCACGUGGACUACGAAAACGGCUCACUGAAUCGGAUCCUCAAAAAAUCUGCAUGGUUUUUCCAGGAGAUUGGCACCAACAGAAGAGUGCCAAAG